AGCGACGAGAGCACACACGCACGCUCUCGCUCCGUACACCCCUCACUCUAGUCCUUGGGUGCGCUUUACAUCAAGACUUCGUCGCUGCUGGAUUAUUAUUCUUAUCUUUGAUCUUCAGUGAUAGUGUGCCAGUGAAUCUUACCAGUGUGUGGACAAGAUUUUUAUUGUGUUGUGUGGAAAUUAGUGAAAAGUUUAUUGGUGAAAUUUUACUUGGAUUAGCCAAAGACAUCGAUACAUCGCCAGUGAACAGUGUAUGAGUGGGAAGAGGAGUCGUUCGUUCAAAUGUGCAGUUCAUCAUCGCGAUCGACAAGUCAGCUCUGAGAACGACUUCCACCUCCUUUUGCACGAACCCCCGAUAUUUAACAAAAUGGUGCGUUUAAUCGCCGACGAAUUCCUGACGGAGGAGCGAGACAGGAAGUACUACGCAGAUCAUUACAAGUGCUGGCCUCCUCCGCUCUUCGUUAUCGCCGUCACUCUCAUACAGUUGGGUGUGUUCGCGUACUACACAGUCAUCACGGGAGAGAUGAACGUGGCAGGUCCUGUGCCCAUCGACUCGCCCUUCAUCUACAGACCCGAUAAGCGCCAUCACGUUUGGCGGUUCCUCUUCUACGCUUUCCUGCAUGCUGGAUGGGUUCACUUAGCAUUCAACCUUCUGGUCCAGCUCUUAGUCGGGUUGCCCCUGGAGAUGGUGCACGGGUCGGCGCGCAUCGGCACAGUGUACCUGGCCGGCGUGCUGGCGGGCUCCCUCGGCACGUCGGUGUUCGACGCCGACGUGUACCUCGUGGGCGCCUCGGGAGGUGUGUACGCCCUCCUGGCGGCGCACCUCGCCAACGUGCUCAUCAACUACAACAAUAUGCAGUUCGGCAUCCUCCGGCUCAUCGGCGUCUUCUUUGUCGCAAGCGCCGACGUUGGUUUCGCCAUCUACGACCGGUAUGCGCACGAGACGGUGGGUUUGCCGGUCUCCUACGUGGCGCAUCUUACCGGGGCGUUAGCGGGACUCACACUCGGACUAGUCGUACUCAAGAACUUCGAGCAGCGCCUCCACGAGCAGCUCCUGUGGUGGGUGGCCCUCGGAGUGUACGCGGCGUGCACGAUGUUCGCCAUCCUCUUCAACUUCUUCCACCCGUACCCGUACAUCGGCGUGGCGCAGGGCCUGCUGCUGUAGGCGGCGACGGCGAGGGAGAGGUCGAGUGUCUGGCCGCCGAAGGCCAAGGUUGUUCCGAGUGUGCUGGGUUGGCUGCUCCGCCUCCAAAAACCUCUACUGUGUUGCUGCGGGGUCUCCGCCGUGAGACCUCAAGUAUAUAUAGGUCUUGAGGAGUUGAGGUUGUUACGCGAAAGAGGUUGGGCGCCAACCCCCGCUAACCCGUCUAUGGUGCUGUGAAUCAAGCCAAAGUUUCUUCGCUCAUACUGGUGAAACUGAACUAUAAUACCAAAGGUACUGAGCCUACCUUAUACUCAGAGAGAAAGAGAUUGUUAUUUAUUAGUGUCAUAAUAUAGAUCAGCUUGUAUAGUUUUACGAUAUAUUCCAUGCUUGUUUAUAACUAGUCAAACAAACAUUUCCAAAGGCGAAUUCUUCUCUACCUCUCUUUCCUAUUAUGACUAGCCGGAGCUAGUCGCCAACCACUGCUAGUCUCAAGUCAUACUUAUAAAGCCUAGCCUCCCAGUGGUGUUCUUACCGGUGUUAUUCAUUUUUUCAACUGUUCCAUUGUUCUUGUAAAUAAUCUCCUUGGAACACGGGGAGGGACAUUACUGUUUGGCUGGAAAAAAACGUUUGCUUUUUUGCAUUCAUAGUCCAUUCCUUAUAUUGUUUGAAACUUAAAUAUUUAUAGGCUUUGUGAAGGAAUUUUUUUCCUUAACUGUUUAUUUGGUUCCUAGUCUAUUUUUUCAUGAAGUCUUGAAAAUGUUCAAGUUUACAUAUUGUUUCCUAUUUCAGUCAGUUUCCUUCGAUUUACUGUCCUAAAUGUAUAGAUUACAUAGAUGUAUGAUGUAUAUUUUUACGUUUUGUAUGUUUCUACAUGUCCAAAUACUGUGUAAGAGAAUGUUAUUUAUAUCAUUAAAUUCUUUUUACAAAACUUA